AUGACUCCAGAGCUGCUUGAUCAAAUAACAGACCUGCUGAAUGAAGACCCUCCUCAUCCCCAUUGGAGACACCUCGCAAAGGAGCUGAAAAUUCCUCAGGAAAAAUGUCAAAUAUUUGAACCCACAGAAGAUGUCAACAGCCCAACUAAAUUGCUGUUUAAAAGUAUUGAGAGAUGCGAGCCAGAUUUGACAUUUGAGGAGCUUGUUCUAGCACUUGUUGCAAUGAAAAGACAGGAUGUCUUAGAUGUCCUCUUAACAUAUUUUUCAAGUGAGUUGAUAUUUUCCCCCACCAGAUAGAAUGAAGAUAGUCAACCUUAUUAAGUUAUCUUAUAAUUUUACUUAUAAGUAAUAUUUUUUCAUUGUUUGGGCCUGAUCAGUAAUUGAUCAUACAUUAUGUUGAAAUCAUGGUAAAGGUGAGGCCAAUCAGCUCUGGGGUUAGAUGUUUGCAGAUUAACGCACCAGUUUGGAUCUUGGGAAGCAUAUUCCAAUUAUUGUAACAGUCAGUUUUCUUUAACCAUGAGUCUUUUUUUUUGUAGGUGAUGAUGUUGACCAGAUACUGGAAGAAAACAAUCUUCUUGAACCCCUAGAGGAUAUCCCAGAAGAAAUUGAAAGUUAGAGAGAGAGAUCAACUGUUUGUUAAGGAGGAAACAGUGGAGCAAUGAAAUUAUUAUAAAAUAUUGACUUGAUUCUGUUAGUUUUCUCCUAAAUCUCCCAUUUCGAAAUGAACCAAAUGGAUAAACAUCUAAAGGCCCUACUCAAGGGAUUAACAGUUUGGGGGGCUCUAAGGUGAGAGGGUGGGUGUGGAGGGGGGGAAGAGAAGUCACAAGGUACUGUGCAUUCACAGUCAGUUAAGAUGUGUAAUGCAUGUACAUGGUUAAGAGUGGGUUGAAUCAGGGUUAACCAGUCAUGAGUUAUCUUUCCAAUUUUUGGGUAAUCGGGGACUGCACCGACUUUACUGUGCUAUCGUCUGUGACAGGUUCACAGUUAAAAUUGGCUUGAUAAUUGCAUUAUUCACAUGUCAUUUGAUUGGGUUACUAGAUUCCUAAGAUAUAAUGUUAAUAUAAAGGCUCUGGUGACUUGAGGUAUCUCUAGUUAUAGGUACAAAUGUAAAACCAUUGUUUAUACUUAAGACUGUGUAUUUUUGUAGGAUAUGACAUAUUUUGAUUAAUAUACUAUUUAUAAAGUUCUAAUGUAUACUGGUAUCAUGUCAGUUAUCUUGUACAUUAGAUGGUAGCUUAGUGAGAAUAGUUACUUUAUGUUGACUGUGAGGUAAAUCCCAGUUUUGCUGGGUGUAUGAAUAUUCAGGUGUAAUAUUAUUUAUGUAUCCUAAAUGUGCAAAAAAUACUUGCUUUAAAGUCAUUUAUACAUUGAUGACUUAUCCAUUUGAAGUGGCAGUAAUUCACUCCACAUUAAUUGCAUGUUUAGCUGAAAAGUUUAAGAGCAGAUUGGCUUUUCAUAUAUAAUAUUGGAAGAAAUAUAUUGUCUUAAUACUUUAGAGAAAAAAUGUUUUGACUUUUGUUGGGGGAACAUAUUGUUCAGUUUAAAUGAAAACUUAAUUUGAAUUAUUUCCACCAUCCAACUCCAAAGGAUGAAAGCAAAAGAGUAGUUGUUGUUAUUUUUGCCAACAUGGCAUGCAGUGAAGGUACUUAAUUAAUUAUUUUUUUCUUUCAAGAACUAUGAUGUUUAGAAUUGAACAUUUUGAAAGCAAAGUUUCAUUGGAUCAAAUACAUGUGAUUACAAGGGUAGCAUUGGAUGGAUGCACCAUGUAAUUUGAAUGAAUUUUCUCUAACUAUUCAGUAUCUUCUGCUUCUAUUGUAAAAGUGCGAAUGCUUUUCCUUACAAAGGGAUCCAGAAAUGGUUAUGAAAACUUUGUUUCCCUUAUAACCAAAGGUCUAAAAUAUUUUAGAAACUAGCUUUUCUACCUCUUACAACAAAUGCAUUUUUGUGGUGAGCUGUUCAUGAGUGUAAAUGAUUAGUCUUUAAUUUUCUGCUUAUAGAAAAGUAUAUAAUUCUUUAAAAAUAUUUUGUGAGGUAGCAAUGUAUCUUAGCAUAUACCAUAUAUACAACAUAAAAGGAUUAGUUUUGAUAAUUAGUUAACGAUCAGUUAUUCCUGAAUCAAUAGCAAGCUUUUGUAUAAUCAGAACAGUGUACCAAGGCUGAAGCAUGUCGUUCUUUUCAAAGAAUGAUCACUUAUUAACAUCUGCUAAUGCAAAUUCAGAAGGUGUAGCGUUAUUUCUUAUUCCUAACUGAAAUUUCGUGUUCAAAUUUGAAAUAGAUAUAAUCGCGCUAUCUCAGUCUACGAGAUACUAAGCAUGUUCUCCAUUUUCACCUUUUUGACGACUCAAGUGAUUACUGCCAUGAAGCAGAAUCAAUCAAAAUUUAGCAGAGUCCAAAGUCGAAGUCAUGUAUUUAGUAAAGUUUCUUAUUUUCUGCAUUUUUCUUUUCCUUCGUAAGAGACAGCCAAAGUCCAGGCUUGAGUUGUUAGCUUGGUAAUCUCUGUUUCGCAGAGCAGAAAUUGGUUUUACGUAAAACAGGGGUUUCAUUUACAGAAUUAACUUUUCCUCUUAAACUUCAAGGACUUCAGUGUUGAGUUGACAUUUGUCAAUUGACUUUUUUGUGGCAUUUUCCACGAAAUAACGGCCGAGUUUUCAAACUUAAACUAACUUUUAUUGUGAUCGAUAUUCUUUAUUUGGUAGUUAAUACCAAACGAAUAGAAAUUGUUACUUAUUCCAUUUACAUGUAAUAUGUUAAGACGUGGAACUUGCAUACUAUGCUCGUAAAUCUCGCUUUCGUAGCUAAUGUUACUGUGAAGAACACACUUACAAUAUGUUCCGUAAGUAAUAGGUACUUGUGUUUGGAAGCAUAGUGGAAAACAUAAAAUCAAGUUAGCCUGGAGAUUUUUCUUUUCAAAUAAGUAUGAUAGUCAAAUGUUUUUUCCUUAAUGAAAAUUUUCCAAUUCAUUAGUGGAUUACCCCCCCCCCCCCUCCUCCCUUUCCCUCAAUAGGGAGCUUAAGCAUCGACGUCUUAGAGAGGCGGACGGCGGCUGGAAGGUUAAAGUUCUUAAUUCUGGUCCUAAUACGCCUUUUUGGUCGGAACAGUUUGGUUUAAAAUGCGAUAACGAAGACCUCGUGAUCGAUAUAUUAAUGUUAAGGUGCAUCAGAGUUAGUUUUAUUCUUCUUCCGGUUACCGUCCGCGCUUUAAAGCGUCUCUUCACAAGUUCCCUUUUGCCUCACUGUAAGACCGAGAUGUUUCAUCCUGUGGUCUGAUCGUCCAGGUGGGAGCAGUCCGAAAAAAGCAUUCUUAUCGACAACUUUUAUUAGCCGAAGUGAUAAUCAGGGUCUGUGCUGUGACUAUGACGUGCCUAAGGGUUGUCGAAGCGUCAAUCACUAUUACCGACCAGGGUACUUUUCAGGAGUAAAAUCAUCUCGCUGCUGCCUUAAGUUAUUCUUUACAGCUUUCGAUCCCCCCCCCCCCUUCCUCUCUGCCUCCUCCUACAACGAUUGGUACUGAUUCACCUUUGAUCUUGACUGAAAUCGUGCUCCACUGGAACAAGCAGAUUUAGGUUGAGUAUUAAUUUCGUUUAUUCAGUAGGCGAGAGGGACUGCCCUCUCUGGGAAUUUUAAUUGUGGAACAGAAAGAAAGAGGUGCCAAAAAGGAAACGCUCAAACUCUUGUUGCAGACGCCGAGUGGUACAAUGAAGACAAACUAUGCUGGUCGUUAGUCCAAAUGCUUUCCUCCAAAUAAGUACAUAUUUCCUUUGCUUGUUGAGAUAUUUUUGUGUUAGUUGUUAGGUUAUUGUUUUGUGUGGUUAGCAUCUAAGUUUUGAACUCUUAACAAAUCACUAAAAGCCGACCUUUUUCUAAAUACUUUCGAGUUGGUCGUCGCUGAUAUCUUCCUGGUAGAGAAGAGGUCUCCAUUCAGUCUCAAUAGGAAGGUUGUCUAUAGGUAAAUUUCAUUAAGUUUACCUUUUGUCAAAUGGCAGAUUUUUCAGGAUUCAGCUGGUUCAGUUUGUAAUCGUAGUUCAGUUUAAGACCGUUUUUACGUUUCUCCCACUUAAAAAUUGGAAAGCGGUGCACAACUAGUUUAACCAACACAACCAGUUUGACGUAUUCGUCGUAAAAAGGAAAAACGGGGUUACAUUCGAUUUAUUUGAUUUUACUUAAUCCGAAUAUUUCUUCCCACGGCAUAAUUAAACCGUCAGGGUAAUGUCCAAAAUCACUCAUUCAUGAAAGUUCUUUCACAUACUGAACAGUAAAACUAUACGAGGAACUGGGCAGGAGCCCAUCUCUUUUAUGAUUGGCUAUUAUAUAAACACCCGCGAAAAACCUCGUGGGAGGUGCUUCUAAAAGUCAAAAGAUACGGGACAGGGUUGACUCAGAGGGUAAGUAUCAAAGAUGGAAGCUCCGGAUAAUGGGCUCCCUCUCAUGGGUUGAAAUCCCGUACAGGCCUGACUCUUUUUCAGGCCUUAUUUUCACUACUGCUUAAGAAAUGUUCAAUACUGCGAAGUUCGCUUUCAUGUUCAUACAGCACUUUAUAUGGUGCUCAUUACAGGUGGGGGAUAGCUCAGAGAAAAUGAAAACUCACAAAUUGGCUUGUUGUGCAAGAUGAUUGGCGUGGAAGAGAAUCAGGAUUACACGCGAGCGAGGAUACACGCGAGAUUCCCACGCUUGUCGUUGGGGUCUGGGUUCUAAAACAACAGUGGGUAGUCAAGCAGGCAGUCAAGUAUGUGAAGUUUUCCCGUUUCCUCUAAGUUUGAUUAAUUUUUCCAGAGAGAUGGAUGAAGCUGACCGCAGGAAAGAAGCUCACUUGGCAAGAAAAAUUGAACUUGAAAGACAGCGUGAAGAAAUUCUUCGUGAAAGGGAGAGACUUCUUUCUCUGAAGAGUGAAAUUGGUGCAAGAGAUACGAACUCUUCAAGAAAUAGCUCAACGCGUUCGUCUACAUUGAGUGUACAGAUUAAGAAAACGAAAAACAAAAUUCCAGAGUUUGAAAGAAAAGUUCAAACGCUUAGAAAGGAAAACCAAGCUAGAACUGAUUUAUUGAGAAAACCUUACGAUGGAGAAAUGGGAAUCGGUACGUACGAACCCUGGCAGUUGGAGGAUUUCUAUUUCGUUCGUGAGUUUGUACGAUCAUGGGUCGACGAGGUUUUGGAUUUUAUCGUUCCAGAACGCCCACGAGUAAAACCUGACUAUGAUACAGCAGGUAUUGCUGAAGGGUUUUCGAAGAACUUGAUGUUGAAAGGAAACACGAUGAAAUUCUUCAGGUGA